AAAGUACAGAUCAGACCCUUCCUCACACUCUAUCAAACAAUGUGGGCUCUUUCUACCGGCUUGAGACGCUCAGUCGCCUCCAUGACGACCACAAGGUCAUUCUCCUCCUUGACCAGACCAACCACCAUAACCGCCUUGAGAGUUUCCAACCUCGUUUCUUUCAACACUUCCCUCCAACAUGCUGUCCACGACCAGGCGUCAGUGGGCGUCCUCCUGUCAGUCAUGGGCUUGAUGCAAAGAAGAUUCAAGUCUAGAGGUAACACCUACCAGCCAAACACCUUGAAGAGAAAGAGAACCUUUGGUUUCUUGGCCAGACUCAGGUCUAAGAACGGUAGAAAAAUCUUGGCCAGAAGAAGAGCAAAGGGUAGAUGGUACAUGUCCCACUAGUGUUGUUCUCCUCUUCACCAGUCAUAUCCAUCCCUCUGCAUCCUCCUUCUCCUACACCCCUUCAUAUAAAUAAUGGUUUAUAAACCCUGUACAUACGUAUAUAAAUAGCGAUAUAAAUAAUAG